UUAUUUCAGGUGUGAUCAGAGUCGCUAGAUUCGAUGUAUGACGCAUCUGGCAACGCUCUGCUUAUCGACUGGCGUGCCAUCUUUGGUCGAACAGCAUUCGUAUUUUAAUUUUCAUACGCAACGAACGGUGGCUGAAAGAACGGUUAAAAAAUGGCAAAGAGUGUCGGUAGUGCGUGCGCGCAAAUUGCGAUCCUUUUAGCCAUCGCUUGCAGUGCAUCGGAAUUCGUGUCGGCCGUGUUGCAUCAGGAGACGUACGAGGUCGGGGACACAACUCUGCCGAACAUUGACGCAUACGGAGUGGUGCCACUGAGGCCGGAACGGCUGCACCGUCAAAGACGAAACACAUUCGAACCAUCGGGGACCUCGUACAGAGGCGCCGUGUCUGCUAAUGCCAGUGCGGAAGCAGGAGGGGGAGCGGGAGCAGCCGGAGGAGUGGCCGCAGAGACCACGGUGACCACCGUGGACAACAAGGCAGCCGGCGGUAGUGUGUCCUACAACGUGCACAAUGUCGGAGUCAACGGCACCGGACAGAGAAAGACAUACGACGUGGCUCCGGCCGUCGACUCCAACAGCACUAGCCAAAGUGCGCCGGCUACCAAGAAGCCCACACUAUUGGCACAGUCGGGCUACCCGAAGAAGGCGGGAUCAACCAUGACGGAUCCCUCGCCGGCGGUCAUCGAUGUGGACGUAUCCAAAGUCGUGGACGUGCCCGAGGAAGAGAUCGAGGCGGCGGUGAAGAAUGCGUCGCUGAAAGAGAUCGUGGACUUUUACGACUACUACAACAGCGUGCUCUAUGUGAACAAGGACGAGGUGGCUUCACUGUGGAACGAACUGAAGACGACGCCCGAAAACAUCAUGCUCUCCUCGUCCCACCGCCGGGCCAUGACGGUGGAGCUCAAGUUUGAUUUCCCCUUCUACGGACACUUUGUGCGCAACAUCACGGUGGCCACCGGCGGAUUCCUCUACACCGGCGAGUACGUUCACUCCUGGCUGGCGGCCACCCAAUACAUUGCCCCACUGAUGGCCAACUUCGAUACGAGCAUGUCCAACGACUCGUUUGUCCGAUUGAACGACAAUGGAACCGCCUUCACUGCCGUGUGGGAGAAUGUGACGCUGCAGGACAAGCCGGAUUUAGGCAAGUUUACGUUCAGCGUGACCCUGCACAAGAGCGGCGACAUUGUUUUCACAUACCUGCUGGUGCCCACCAGCAUCAACUCCAUCCAGGACAAGGAGCAUCCGGUCAAGGUUGGCCUCUCCGACGCCUACAUUAUCGACAAGCAACUAUACUUUGCCCGCCGAAAGACAAUCUACGAGUACCACCGUGUCUCCUUCCAGCAGCAGGAGAUCACCAGCUCCACCAUCAUCAAGCUGACGGCACAGCCCACCUGCCUUGGCUACAAUGACUGCAAUUCGUGCAUCAACCACAACACUACGUUUACGUGCCUAUGGUGCUCGGCGCUGAAUCGCUGCUCCACGGGUACCGACCGCAAGAAGCACGAGUGGAUUCAAAAGGGAUGUGAGACUACCGCCAUUCAUACCAAUAGUUCGUGCCCAGCCCUCGGCGAUAAGGGUAACAAUGCUGCCGCCCAGGGCAAGAAUGGUUCUCCGAACAGUGGCGCCAGCAAUGGUGCGACAAAUCCCUCAACGGCAUCCACCGGCUCCAUCACGCCGGUAACGGAGCCCAGCGUGAUCAGCACGAGGACGCCACAUGUCACCGCUUACAUAAAGACGGGGCUGGAGUCCUCCAGUGAUGUCCAUAGGGAGGAAAAGCUCGGCAACGCCGAGCUAUCGAAGGCGGAAGCGGACAAUAAGAAUGUGGGCGUAGCCUUCGGCUUCAUGGUGCCCAUCUGUCUGGUGUUCGCCGUGACGCUGUGGCUCUUCUACGCGUACCGCAAUCCGCACACCAAGAGCGGCCAGCUGCUCAUCCAGUCCAAGCAGUUCCGUCCCAGCCAGUGGUCAUGGAGGCGUGGCGAGGCCCGCUACACGGCGGCCACGAUACACAUGUAGGCGAUGAUUGCCGGAGGCGUAGAGGAGGGGUACAGAGAUCGCGAGACGUAGGAGGGAGCUGCAGCUAUACCGACGAUGAAUCAACUAACCAACCAACCAAACGAACCCUGAACCCUGAUUCCUUACGGAGCAGUAUCGUGAGCGCGGGGGCACUGAGAACUGAGAAGCAAUCGCCAUUAAAUACGAUUAUUUUAUAACAUGGACCGAGCACCGAGCACCGAGCGUCAGGUGCCAUCCUAUCUUUUAAAGACAUUUGAAACCCUCUGUAAUUGUGAUGUUCCAUGUCCACAAUGUCAAACAAAAGACCACUUUUUGAACUGAUUGUUGAGAUUUAGCUUUGAACGCUGCCGAAACCGAAAAAAUAAAAAAACAAAAUGAAAUGAAAGCAAUCUAGAGGUGUAAAGUAAGCCUAGGACCUGAGUUCUUGACUCAUAGUCCCCCGGAACCAACUGCUCAAUGAAUAGGAGAACAGAAAAUAUGCGAGAAAAACAAAAGACGACUGGCAACAGCAUGAAGUGAUCUGUUAAUGUAUCUUUUUAUCGUUUUACCGUGCCGCCUGUCCAUUAGAAAAGAAGCAAACAAGAGAGAAAUCUAUGAUAAUCUACGAUAAAAUACCCCCGAUGACGACAACUAUUGUAUAACUCUGAGACCAACGGCUCCCACCAGGCCACGCACACACACAACACACCCCUCAGUAUCAAAAUUCCCUGCCCGGAAUUGCGGAAUUUUCUUCGCGAAUGUUCGGAAAAAGAAAACCAAAUUUCACAGGCUUCUUCUAGCGAAUUUCCAACACAGCAGUCAUAUGAGACACACUCCCACACACACAGAUACACACACGGACACAGGCCAAAGUGCUUUCAAUUGUUUCAUAGUUCAAUUUUGUUUAAUGUUCUUUUAACAUACCCUGCAUUCUCUGUACUCUAACCCCCCCAAAAAAGCUUGAAAAGAUGUCGAGAAAGGGCUGUACUAUAUGUGUAUUUUUUGUGUGCGUGCGCGUUUUGCUGGACUCUUCGCCAAAAGUGCUUCCUCAAACUGUGUAUUUGUGUUUUUUAAAUUGCAUUCGAAUUACGAACAUUUCAUGUCAUUUCGUUUGUUUUUUAUUUUAAGUGUGUGUAGCUUGGCAAGCGAUUUCGGGAUAAAUGUAUUACUGCGAACACUGGGCGCAGUUUUUCAUACACUGUAUUAUAUGCGAUUUGUAUGCAAGUUUUAUGUGUGUAAAUGCGUGCAGGGGAUUCAGAUUUAUGUGCGAGCACGCAUAGCCCUUAUAUUAUACAUAUAUCCAAAACAACCUCUUCUUUUUGUUAGUAUUUUUUUUCUAUUAAUUAAUAUUACAAAUGCAAAUAAACGAGAAACACAACAAAGAAAAUAAAUAAACCUAUAUUAUACACGAAUAUAAAAUGUUAACUAAACGCGGUGUGCAAAGCUAAACUAAAUAUAAUUAACUAAGUAAGGGAGCAGAUUAAAAUAUGUAUCAAUAAAACCAAUCCUUUAAAUAAACCCCAAGCAUGCAAACGACAACAACUAAGAAUAUUGUAUAACAAUGUAUUUUGAUAAAGAAAUUAAACUUGUAUUUUAAGUUCUUUGUAUGUAUACAUGAUAAUUUAAAUAAAAACCAAUACAUUCUUGAAAAUGAAA